AUGCCAGCCCAGGGCCGUAACACAGUGGCCCCCAGCCUUCUUCCCCCCGUGGACAACGAGGCUACAACGCCUUUCUCGGACCUCUUCAACAGCGGUUUUGAUCGCGCGACCAUCGACGCAACCCUACAGUUUGUUGAUCGCAACAUCAUCAUCGCACCAAACGGCCGCCGCUACCGGUUAGAAGAGCUUCCCGAUCCCGCACCAGGACAACUCCCCAGCCCAGCGUCUGCUUCCGCUUCGGCUCCUUUUACACCACCUCCGUCUGCCAGUCCCCCAAGUUAUCAAGCCGCUCCGACUGCGAGGACGCCGCCGAUAGCAAGCCGCGCGCCGCCGGUUGCCAGUUCUCUUUCGAGCUCACUCUCCUUUAAGACAUUUGCGACAUGGGGGAGGUCGCCGUCGAAUGCCAACUCGCAUUCGCACUCCUCCCCUCGAAGGCAUAACCCACCACCACCACCACCACAACCACAACCACCACCGCCCCAGAGCCCGAUUCAUGAAGCCAGCACGAUGAUGGCCCAGCUCAGCGUCGGCAGCAACCAUUUUGGGGUCAACCCUUUGUACGGACAGUCAGAUGGCGGGGUGCAAGCGGCCGAAGCCUUGACGGAUCCCUACAUGGGCGUCCCCGGAGUGGCGCCGGCAACCCCGCGAAGUACAACGGCUUCACCCAGGGGUUCCAUAUCGCAAACACAGCAGCACCCGCCGUCGUCACCACAGCAGUACUUGGAGCCUUCAAGCCAACAUGCCCACCAUGCUCGCACGUCAUCCGUGUCGUCUGGGAGUGGGAACCCACAUCAGACACGCUGGACCAGCCCCGAUUACGUCGGCUAUACGCAACAAGCAGUCAACGCCUCCCGCCAACUGCCGACGACGACUGGCCUACCAUCACUCCUAGGGGAGUCAAUACCAAUAGUAUCGAGCAGCCCAUCAGCGUCAUCACUCUCACCAACUCUGGCAACACUGCCUACGUCAUCUUCGUACUCGUCCUCCAACUCGAACUAUCUCCACCAAUAUUACAACCAGUCUCACCCGCAUCCACGAAGGAUAUCAGACCCUCUAUCACCCCCGACGCCAUCGCCCUCAGAAGUAGAGAAGGAGUUUUACAACGGACCAGGGAUUCGAGGACACCAUCACUACCCGCCGCUGUAUCACCAUGUGCCUACAUCGGAUUACGUAGCAUCACCGUCUGUUGUGGCAAGACAGCCGAGUUAUGCUAGUUUUGGGACAACACCAACGCAGGAAUAUGGCGGGGGAGGGGAAUAUGACACCUUGACGCCGGUGGUGGUGAUGCACCCGAUGCAGAGCACUACCGAUGUAGCGGGAACCCCUGGAAUGGCCCCGUCGAUGAUGUCGAGCGAUGGGGGGAGCACGGGGAGGGACAAUGUGCUGCCAGGGGAGGACCUGGUGUUUGAUGGGUAUGCUUCUCCAACCGCCAAACGAAACAUGAGGUGUCCAGAGGGCGUCUUGAAGGUCUUUAGAAAUAACUUGACCAACGACCUUCGGUUCCACUGUAAAGCGCCAAAAGAGUCAGAAACAUAUUGGAUGAAAUCCAUCAAUGCCCAACUCGUCCCAGCAUAUGCCUAUGAUCAACGACUCCCAAACGUGGUCUACAUCCGUGAUAGGGAAUCAGAACAGGGCCCGGGAAGCGGGUAUAUGUCAUCUUCUUCGCAGGCAGGAACAGGAAGACCAAGCGGGAUAUAUCAGUUUGACAAACCGGCGGCGUUAUUCGACUUUCAGGCUCGCCUGACAAGUCAGAAGGUGGUGCUUGAUAUCCAAAGUGUUAAGUUGGUCACGCUAAACAAAAGCGGGUCGAGGGAGAUAGAGAAGUACUCUGGGGUUAGGCUGCAGAUCUGGCACGAGAGUAACGAAGGUGGAAGGAGAAGUGGCGGGGGGCCAUCAGCAGAAGUGGCUAGUUUUGUAACAGCUGGGACGGCGUUAAGUGGACCGUUGAGGGAGAGAUUGGUAGCAAGCAGUUCAAGGCUGAUGGUUUAUUUGGGACGUUCGGGGGAGUACAUCACUUUGUUUAUCACCGAUGAUUUGGAUAUUAAGCUGGAAGGGCAGACGAUUGUGAAGUUGAAACCAAGAAAGGGGCCGGGGCCGUUUACAAGGAGGGUGUCACGGUGGCCGGGGGUGAAAGCACAUAUGGAAAAAGGCAUAGGUUCCGAGCCCGCUGGAUUAGACAUCCAUGGUCAACAAGGGGAGGAAGACGUGGAAAAGUACGAUUUGUACAAGACCUUUGAGAUUGAGUUUGAGAACUCGCCAAGUCAAGACAACUUUGUCCAAAAAUGGAGAGAAGUCCUUCACCAACGGCGACGAGAACGCCAGCGAUUAGAACAAAUACAAGAAGAGAUGACGAGCACGGGUGGUUUACACGGGCGACAAGCCAGGGAGUUGUUUUGGUGA